ACUCCGGCUGCUGCCGCUGUCGUGCCGUUGCAGGUGAAGAAGGCGGUGGAGGCCCUCCUGGCCUUCGCCAGAAGCAAGGCCAAGGGAGACGCGCUGCUCCUCAACGAGAGGGAGAACGUCCACCUCCUGGUGACGGUCUGGAAGGUCCCGCGGGUGGCACAGCUCAUCAGAAUACCACUGCCCCAUGGCAUUCGACCAGAAACAGCUGAGGUUUGCCUGUUCACAAAGGAUGAACCAAAUUUAUCAGCAGAACAGACUGAAAAUCUGUACAGGAAACUUUUAAUCCAGAAUGGGAUUAGAAGCAUUAGCCAGAUCAUCUCAUACAAAACUCUCAAAAAAGAGUAUAAACUAUUUGAAGCAAAGCGACGCCUCCUGAACAGAUUUGAUCUCUUUCUGUCUGAUGACCGAAUUAGAAGGCUGUUGCCCUCACAUCUGGGAAAACACUUUUAUGAAAGGAAAAAAGCACCUUUAUCUGUAAACCUGAAAGCCAGAAAUCUUGCUAAGGAACUACAAAAACAUAUCCAGGGGACCACACUCCCAGUUACCAACAAAGGGUGCUGCUAUACAGCACGUAUAGGUCACACUGGAAUGAAAGCUGAUGAGAUACUAGAUAACAUCAUUGCAGCAGCUGAGGUGAUUGCUAAGAAGUUACCAAAGAAUUGGAAAAAUGUAAAAAUUCUUCACCUCAAAACACUUAAAUCAGUUGCACUUCCAAUUUUUACGGCAAAUAUCUCCAACUUGGAUGAGCUUGACAGACAGCCAUCUCUCAAAAAAAAGGAAGUAAAGAAGGGAAAGAACAAGAAACCGAAGAAGGCAGCUAAAAAACUGAAUUCAAGUCAAGUCACUUUGACAACUGAAAUUAAUCUUGCUGCUGCUGCUACUAAGGAGCUUGUGAUAAAAGAAAAAGUAGAAGUAGUCCAAGAACCAGGUGAUCAUGAUGAUGAUGAAGAAAUUCCACAACUGGUGCCUGUGCAAACAACCAGCUUAGCUGAGCUGAAGAAAAUGGAACCAAGUCCAGAAGAAGGUGACAACCUGGGUGAGAAAACUAAAACACCCCUCGGUAAGAGAAAGAAACAACCUCUAGCUCUGGAGACUCCAAAAACAAAACAUAAAGUUACAGAACAGCGUGCAGACUUGCAGACAUCACCAAAACAGAAAAAAGCCAAGCAGCUCAGCAUGCCAAAGGAAGCAAUCAAAGAAAAAGAGAUGAAAAAGACUCCCAAAAAGCCUGAAGCAAAGUCUUUUGCAACACCCAAAGCUGGCAAAUCAAUACAGUCAUCCAAGAAGUCUUCAAAAACACCAAAGCAAGCACCCAAGAAAGUGCGCAGGCCCCAGUCAGCAUGA